AUGACAGAUCAAAGCAUAUCGUCGAGAUCGUCCUCAACAAGUCAGACAAUGAAUACAGAGAAACGAAAUAGCAACAAUUCAACACACACCCCUCCCUCACACACAGACGAGAAGCUGCUCAUGGAGGAAAUUGCAGCCAUUCCUGCCCAACAGAUUGAAUCCGUUCACGAAGAAGCGGAUGACAAGAACAAGAAGAAGAAGAAGAAGGAAAAGAAGGAAAAGCAGCCUGCCGUUCCUAUUUACAAACUGUUUAGAUUCGCUACAAAGAUUGAAAUCUUGAUGAUUCUCUGUGCCUGUGUCAUUUCAGCUGGUAUCGGUGCGAUGCAGCCCGUCUCCAUCAUCAUUUUCGGUCAGUUCAUGGGUACCAUUGGUGCUGCAAUGGCCUCUCAAAACUACGAGCAAUUGGCCAGAGACAGUCAUCCCCUCAUUCUUACAUUUGUCUAUAUGGGUACUGGUGUCCUGGUUGGCGCCUACAUCACCAACUGCUUCUGGGUUCUCACUGGUGAAAACCAAGUGCGUCGUAUUCGCUCUCUCUAUGUACAUGCCAUUCUCCGUCAAGAAAUGGGUUGGUUCGAUAAGGCCGAAGAAGGCUCUUUGACCACUCGAUUGGCUACCGAUACCCAAUUGAUCCAAGAUGGUAUCAGUGAGAAAUUCGGUCUCCUCGUCAUGUGCGUUGGUCAAUUUGUCACUGGUUUUGUCGUUGCCUUUGUCAAGGGCUGGAGAUUAGCUGUCGUCAUGCUCGCUACACUUCCUUUGAUGGCUGGUGCUGGUGGUGCCAUGGGUUACUACAUCACAAAGUACACUCUCAAGGCUCAAGAUUCCUAUGCCGAUGCUGGUUCCGUUGCUGAACAAGUAUUUGCUGGUAUCCGUACUGUCUACUCUUUCUCUCUCCAAAAGAGAUUUGGUGAUCUCUAUGAAUCCAGACUUGACAAGGCCAUGAAGACUGGUAUCAAGCGUGGCCAAAUCCUUGGUUUCGGCUUCGGUUCCUUCAUGUUCAUCUUGUUUGCCACCUAUGGUCUCUCCUUCUGGUAUGGUUCCAAGCUGACUCGUGAUGGACUUAUGGCUGGUGAAGAUGUCCUCGUUGUCUUUUUCGCUAUGAUUAUGGGUGCCAUUGCUCUCUUGCAAUUGCCUCCCAACUUGUCUGCCGUCUCCAGUGCUUGUGGUGCUGCCUACAAGAUUUACAGCACUGUGGAUCGUGUUCCCUCUAUUGAUGUUGAUACUCAAGGUGGCCUUACUCCCCAAAAGUUUGUUGGUGAAAUUGAAUUUAAAGAUGUCAAGUUCAGCUACCCUACUCGUCCUGAUAUUACCAUUUUGAAGAAGCUCAAUCUCAAGAUCAAGCCAGGUAUGACCGUCGCAUUUGUGGGACCAUCAGGUUCUGGUAAAUCCACCAGUGUUCAACUUUUGCAGCGUUUCUAUGAUCCCAUCGAAGGCUCGGUCAUUGUUGAUGGCAAGGAUCUCAAGGAAUACAAUGUUGCAUGGCUUCGUAGUCAAAUUGGUGUUGUGAGUCAAGAACCUGUCCUUUUCAACAUGACCAUCAAGCAAAACUUGCUAAUGGGCGUCACUGAAGAAAUCACCAACGAUGAUAUUGUCGCUGCCUGUAAGAAAUCCAACUGUCAUUCCUUCAUCUCUGAGCUUCCUGAUGGCUAUGAAACCCUCGUUGGUGAGCACGGUGGUAUGUUGUCUGGUGGUCAAAAGCAAAGAAUCGCUAUUGCCCGUGCUAUUCUCAAAAACCCUUCUAUUCUCUUGUUGGAUGAGGCCACUUCUGCUUUAGAUACCCAAUCAGAACGUUUGGUCCAAACUGCAUUGGAUGCUGCUGCUGCUGAUCGUACUACCAUUGUCAUUGCCCAUCGUCUCUCUACCAUUAGAAAUGCUGAUCUUAUCGUCGUUAUGCAAGCUGGUGACUUGAUUGAACAAGGCAACCACAAUGAUCUCUUGGAAUUGAACGGUGUUUAUGCUGAUUUGGUCAGAAAGCAAGAGAUUGCUACCAAGCAAGUGGGUGAUGCUGUUGAAGAAGCUGAUUCUGAAGAAUUAUUGAAGCGCGAACAAUUGGAACUUCUUGCCGAGAAGCAACGUGCUGAGGAUGCCUUGGUCAAUGAAAAGGAUACCACUGUCAACUUGUUCAAGACCACCAGUCGUGCCUCUGUGGAUGCUUAUGAACUCAAGCUUCGCAAGGAAAGAGAUGAACGUAAGGUUGCCAUGAAGCAAAAGGUGCCUCUUGACAAGGUUUUGAAGCAAAUGCGUCCUGAAUGGCCCUUGUUGGCUGUUGGUAUUGCUGGUGCUGCUAUUGCUGGUGCUGUCUUCCCUUGUUUCGCUCUCAUUUUCGCUCAAGUUAUCUCUCAACUCGUCAAUCCCAAUUUGGCUCCUCCUGGCCCUAUGGAUGGUACUAAUCUCUAUUCUUUCUUGUUUGUUAUUAUCGGUGUUGCUGCCUUUAUUGGAUUUGCUACUCAAGUCAUCUCGUUUGAAGUUGCUGGUGAACGUUAUACUAAGCGUCUCCGUGCUGAUAUCUUCCGUGCCUUCAUGCGUCAAGAAGUCGGCUACUUUGAUGAAGACGAUAACUCUCUCGGUGCUCUUACCUCUAAGCUUGCCAUUGACUCAAAGAAUGUCAAUGAAUUAGUUACAAAAGUAUGGGGUGAUGUGACCCAAAUCAUCGUUACUUUGAUCACUGGUUUAGCCAUUGCUUUCUCUCAAAGUUGGAUGUUGACAUUGAUCAUUCUCUGUAUGGCUCCUUUCAUUGCAUUUGCCACCUUUUACGAGUCCAAGAUCCACCGUGGUUUCGAAGAUAGCACCAAGAAAGCCAAUGAGCAAAGCGGUGAAGUUGCUGGUGAAGCCAUCAAGGAAAUCCGUACUGUUGCUGGUCUCAACAAGCAAGAACAUUUUGAAAACAAGUACUACAAGGCUACUGAUCGCCCUCAUAAACUUGCUCAACGUAAGGCUUAUAUGUCUUCUAUUGGUUAUGCUCUUCAACAAGGUAUCACUCUUUAUACCAACGCUGUUGCCUUUUAUGCCGGUGUCCAACUCAUGUGGCAUCAUCAACUUCCCUUUGACAAGAUGUUUACCUGUAUGAUGUCCAUCAUGAUUACCGCUCAAGGUGUUGGUCGUGCCUCAGUCUUCACUACUACUUAUGCCAAGGCCAAGUACUCCUCUAUCGCUGCUUUCGAAGUCCUCGAACGUCAACCUGCCAUUGAUCCUGAGCUCGAAGGCAUUGAACCUACUCGUGCUCAAAUCAAGGGUGAUAUUGAUUUCGAGGAUAUCACUUUCCGUUAUCCUGCUCGUCCCGAUGUCAGCAUCUUCAAUGGUGAAUUCAACCUUCAUGGUAAGGCGGGUCAAACUAUCGCUUUGGUCGGCCCCAGUGGUUGUGGUAAAUCUACCACUAUUGGUAUGCUCCAACGAUGGUAUGAUCCUGCUACUGGUUCUGUUCGCUUGGAUGAUAACAACGUCAAAAACUACUCUCUUGGUAACCUUCGUAGCCACAUGGCUUUGGUAUCUCAAGAGCCCACUUUGUUUGAUAUGACUAUUGGUGAAAAUAUCCGUUUUGGUGUUGAUGAUGAGAAAACAGUUACUCAAGAAGAAGUUGAAGCUGCUUGUAGAUCUGCCAACAUUCACAACUUUAUUUCCUCUUUACCCAACGGCUAUGAUACCAGAGUAGGUGAUAAAGCCAGUCAGCUCUCAGGUGGUCAAAAACAAAGAGUCGCCAUCGCUCGUGCACUUAUUCGCAAACCCAAGGUGCUUUUGUUAGACGAAGCUACAUCGGCUUUAGAUAGUGAAAGUGAAAAACUUGUGCAACAUGCUAUUGAUAACAUUCUUGAAGAAGGUGGCCGUACUACAAUUACCAUUGCUCAUCGUCUCUCCACCAUUCAAGGUGCUGAUCUCAUCUGUGUCGUGAAGGGCGGUCGUGUCAUUGAACAAGGUACUCAUUGGGAGCUCUUAGAGAUGAAAGGCGUCUACUACGACUUGGUGCGCCAACAAUCACUCAACGCUCAUUAA